UUACUUUCGUUUUUAAUGUGUAAAGUAUAACAACAGAAGAUAGAUUAUCUAUCCACCGACAUAAUAAAACAACUAGAUUUUAGAUCUAGAUCUAGAGUAUAGAAUCUAGAGACCACUAGAGUUUAUGUUCAAAUAGUUAAAUUUCUAAACAAAGAAUGCCUCUGCCCGCAGCGCUUCAAGCCAGAUUAGCUAAACGUGGCUUGUUAGAUGUUAAAACCGAUGCAAAAAAUACUAAACCACCGGCCAAAUCAGAAGAGGUUGAAGAAGUAUUUGCUGAAGAUUAUGAUGACCCAUCGAAGCCAGAUACUGCUACUGUUGCUGUGCCUGUACAGCCUACUGUCCCUGUUGUGACUAAAGUUACACAGCCACUCUCUCAAGCUAUAGUUGAUGCUGUUGGUGAUGGACCCUUAUUUUUUGAAACAACAGCUUGUCCCAAUAGGAUUAAUCCCUAUCACGAGUGUGUUCCCUAUUGUAAAAAUCGUUAUGGAAUGCGUGAGUGGGAUCCAGAUAUAAGCAUGAUGAAACGAAGAGAAAGAAUGCUAAGUAACUAUCCAUUACCUGAAGGUUGGGUGGAAGUUGGCGACUAUGACACGGGGCGUUACUAUUAUUGGAAUAUUAACACAGAUGAAGUGUCAUGGUUGUCACCGUCACAUCCAAAAGCUUCAAUUACUAGAUCUGCUGAAAGUUUAGGUCUUGUGGGUAAAGUUGGUAACUUGGAUGUUGGUUGGGAAAACACAGUUGAUCUAGCCACUCUUGCUGCAUUUAAUACUGAUAGUGGAAGUGAUACUUCUCUAUCUGAUGAAGAAGAUUUUGUGGAAAAAAAAAGAAAGUUACAAAAACGAGGGAGGCAAGGUCAAGGCAAAAAGGAUGAUCUUGACCCAAUGGAUCCGGCAGCUUAUUCAGAUAUACCCAGGGGUGGCUGGAGUGAUGGUUUAGAUCAGAGAGGCAAAGCCAAAACAGGAGUGGACAGCACAGCUUCAGGCCCUCUAUUCCAACAGAGACCUUAUCCCAGCCCUGGUGAAAUUCUUAGAGUUAAUCAAGGGUUAAAAAAGAAAAAAUAAAUUACACUUUUUUUUAAAAUAAAUAUUUGUUUUGAAUUAUUGUUGAAAUAUUAAACUAUUGUUUUAAAGAUUA